AUGCAAAAGAUGUUAAUCUGUUGCCUGAUUUGUGUCUGCUCCAUCAGUUUGGUGCAGGUUGAAUCCACUACAGUGUUUGAGGAGCUUUUGAAGAACGUAGCUGCCUUGAAAAGAAUGGCAAAAUCAGGCGCUGACGAACUCUAUUCACCAGCAAUAAAUACUAAGGUUUGUCUGCUCUCAACUUACAAAUGCUUUGUAAAUCAGUCUUCAUUACUGAAGCCAGCAGAUGGUCAAAGAGAAGAAGAUUUCAACUACCAUCUUCAGCGCGUCAAGUUUUCUACAACUGUUGUUAAACUCAACAAUACUAAUCUGAAUUGCCGUUCUUGUGACUCUUAUAAGCUAAAACCUGCACAAGAAUUUCUGACAAACUUUCGGCACUUGCUACAGAUGGUAAGAUACAUUUAUUGA